AUGGAGACGAUUCAGACUCACCCCUCCACCGCCGCGCAGGCGAAGGGCUUCAUGGAGCCAGGCUCGUUCGCUUUCCCCAACAGCCAGCACGUCGUUAAUGGCGCCCCUGUCGAUUUGAAGAACAACGGCCAGCUCCCCGUCGUCAAUGGAGCGCAGCAAACCAACGGAACGAACGGAAACGCAGUUGCCCCGGCCACUCCCGCCGCGACGCCCGCUACUAACCCUGGUGCCAGCGGUCUUACGCCCACACUUCAGAACAUUGUCGCCACUGUCAAUCUUGACUGCAGACUUGAUCUGAAGACCAUUGCUCUGCAUGCCCGCAAUGCGGAGUACAACCCUAAGCGUUUUGCUGCUGUCAUCAUGCGUAUCCGUGAGCCCAAAACGACAGCUCUCAUCUUCGCCUCAGGCAAGAUGGUCGUGACUGGUGCCAAGUCGGAGGAUGACUCGAAGCUCGCCAGCCGAAAAUAUGCCCGUAUCAUUCAGAAGCUUGGGUUCAACUCCAAGUUUACCGACUUCAAGAUCCAGAACAUUGUCGGCUCGUGCGAUAUCAAGUUCCCCAUCAGACUCGAGGGUUUGGCUUCGCGCCAUCACAAUUUCAGUUCUUACGAACCUGAAUUGUUCCCCGGUCUGAUUUACCGCAUGAUCAAGCCUAAAAUCGUGCUUCUCAUCUUCGUCAGUGGCAAGAUUGUGCUCACUGGUGCCAAGGUUCGAGAGGAGAUCUACCAGGCCUUCGAAAUGAUCUACCCUGUGCUCCAAGAUUUCCGCAAAGUUUAA